CUUUGGGUUAAGGUUCCUUUUUCACGUUAAGAAAAUCUGUAACUAUAUAAUACCAAGGUGAUACGAUGUCGUUUUAUUGGCAACUUUGGCACUAGUUAUGGUAAAGCACACAGCUCAUUCUUCUUCGUCUUCUUCUUGUUCUUGCACCUGUAAUCAAAAUCUUUGGCGCUCGAACAGAAGAACCCUAGAAUUCACCUAAUCAAAUCACUCCUACUUCACUUCAUCAACAUUUUCAGCUGUAUCGAAUUUAAAAUUCGCAACGAAUUCAAGCAAUUCGACACAUGGAUUCGAGCUUCCGAGCUCCAAUCCAAAUGUUAUAGUUAUAGGUGCACGGGAAAUUCCGAUUCAUCUUCAACACAACGUCAGAAACCAAAUUUUAGUUUGUUUUUUUGGGGCAAUUAGAAUGGAUGCCAAGGACAUUCUUGGCUUGCCCAAAAACGCACAUCCUGUAGCACAAGAGAAGAAAUCCAGGCCUCAGAAAGACUCUCACAGAAAACCCGAUGGUAUUUCACGAGAGGUUUAUGCACUCACAGGUGGUGUGCCACCUCUUAUGCCAUCGAUCGAUUUGUCCCAAUUGAGGAAAAGGCCUCCAGCAGAUGAGAAGAUUACUUGGCAGUGGCUUCCUUUUACAAGUUCUGCUCGAAAUGAUAAUUUGCAGCUGUACCAUUGGGUCAGAGUUGUUAAUGGUGCACCACCAACAGGUGACUACUCUUUUGCCAAGUAUAACAAGUCUGCUGACAUUGUCCAAUACACAGAUGAGGAGUAUGAGAAACAUUUGACUGAUUCUACAUGGACCAAGGAAGAGACAGAUCAAUUGUUUAACUUGUGCAAACAAUUUGAUCUCCGAUUCGUUGUAAUAGCUGACAGGUUCCCAACAUCUCGAACAGUAGAGGAGUUGAAGGACCGAUAUUACAGUGUCUGCCGAGCUAUGUUAAUUGCUAGAGCUCCAUCUCCUGCGGAUGUUUCAGGGCACCCUAUUAUUAAGGAACCUUAUAACGUUUCUCAAGAGAGAGAACGCAAGCGAGCAUUGUCAAUGGUUCUCUCCCAAACUAAACAGCAAGAGAAAAAAGAUGUCGAGGUUCUUGCAGAAGCCAAAAAAAUAACUGAGUCUCGAUCAGCUGCAAAGGCAGCUGAAGAGGUGGAGUUGCCUGUUGCAUCAAAUGUUGGCACAGAAUAUACUGAGAGGACUACUAUUCCGGGUGAUACUGUGUCACCUUCUCCCAAUGUUCAGGUUCCAUCUACAGUAGUUGCUGCACCUUCAACAUUGGCGGCCGACAAUGCUGCAACUGUAGCUUCUCUACGCAUGCUUCGGGUAUAUUUGAGAACAUAUGCACUUGAUCAAAUGAUACAAGCUGCAAGUGCAUCUGCUGGGCUGCGGACCAUCAAGCGUGUCGAGCAGACUUUACAAGAACUUGGGCCUUUACAGGUUAAUCUAAAACCAAGGGUACCGACCAAAGCUGUUUGUGCGGAGCAUCUUGAAUUGAGGAAAGAAAUUCUGACCCUGCUCAAUCUUCAGAAACAGUUGCAAUACAAGGAGACAGAGGGUUCCUCUUUUCGCGAUAAUCCCUAUGAAGCACCUGGCACACCUAAGGUCAACUUCUUCAUUCAUCCAGACCGGAUGUUUAUUCCUGACUCAAUGAACUUUGGAGGGGAGAGAGCUGGUAAAAGAGACCAGAAACGCAAGGCACCUGGAAGAGGAGGAUCAGAAGCUCCAUCAUCUCCAGCUCAGUCUAAUAAAAGGCCUAGGAAGCUCAAGGCUUCAGAUCUGUAGUUCUCUAUGGUUGAGAUGGCAAUAUUAGCUUACUUAGCGGUGGUACCGGGCGGGCAUGAAGGUGAUUGCUCUUCUUAUAACUAACUUUUCUAACAGCUGAUAACGAUGUGCAAAGGAGGAGAGCUCCCAAGAUGUGUGCCUGUUUUGCUUUUAGGAUUUUUAGUAAUUGUAAUCAUAAUCCUGUCACUUUGAAUCGUUUAUAAAUUUGAGGCUUUGUUAGUAAAAUGAUGACUGGUGUUAUAAAAUUACAGAUAGAUAACAUGUUAGUUUUCUGUUAAUUUUGUCCCAGUUCAACAUUAGGAUCAUGAUCUUCCUUGUUGGAUAUAAUGUUCAUAAUUUAUCACCACUCCACUGAAUGGAUCUACAAAAAUAUUAGGAAAUGGAGUAUAUGUUUGGUA